ACUAUACUGUUCGCACAUGACGUCAUUUCCGGUAAGGAAGUCAAAAACAAACGCUAGCCAGUAGGCGGUAUUUUGGGCGAUUUUCAAUGAGUUUUACCACUAAUAAGUCCUAAUUUCUUCGUAGCCGUAAAUAAGCAAACUGUGUAUCUAUGGAGACACCUGAGCCCGGCCCAGCAGAUGGAGAGGAGCGCCUGGUGGAUCUGCGACCACGAACCCGUUCCAACCCCGAAGGCGCCGAGGACCGCCGCGGCAGCACCGGUAGCCUCGGAGGCGGCGGGAACCCCAGUCUGUCACAACCGGCUGUCGGCAGCCGCGUUGAGGGUGAAGGCGAGGCCUCGACCAGUGACAGUCCCCCGAGUUCCACCACUACAAGCAUCUCCACAGCCGUAGCUCAGACUGUGACCCCUGUGGCUGCUACUGCUGCUACAGCCGCCUCCGCUGCUGCUGCUACACCGAUGCAGCUUGUUGCUGCUGCUGCUGCUACAGCCAAGGAGAGACCGAAGCCCACGCAACAGCAGCCCCCGCUGUCGACCCCUGUACCUCCACCAGCAGAGUACCAAAUUCGAGUUCCUCGUGUCAACUGUCCAGAAAAAGUGAUCAUCUGCUUGGACCUUUCUGAGGAGAUGUGUCUACCAAAGCUGGAAUCUUUUAAUGGGUCUAAAACAAAUGCCCUUAACAUUUCCCAGAAGAUGAUUGAGAUGUUUGUGAGAACUAAGCACAAGAUUGACAAAAGGCAUGAGUUUGCUCUGGUGGUGGUCAAUGAUGACGCUCUGUGGCUGUCAGGCUUCACCUCUGACCCCAGGGAGCUGUGCAGCUGUUUGUACGACUUGGAGACCAAUGUGUGCGAGACCUUCAACCUGGAAGAUCUUCUCAAUGUCAUUCGUCAGAAGAUCGAGCUGCCAUUGAUGGAGAAUGUUCAGACCAUCCCACCUCCUUACGUGGUGCGGACCGUGCUCAUCUACAGCCGCCAUGCUGGACAGCUACAGCUCAGCCCCUCUGAGGCCGUCGGAAAAAUGCUGCAGUCUCCGUAUUUCUUCUUUGACGUGGUCUACCUACACAAUGGGGUGGAAGAUCAGGGGGAGGAGACCAGCUGGCGGGACAACUACACCGCUUUCUGCAACCUCGACUCAAAAGGCAUGGGUUAUCGUUUUGAGGUUUCCCUGAGCGGCCCCGCCAUUGAGCUGCACAACUGCAUGGCCAAACUUCUGGCUCACCCUCUGCAGAGACCUUUCCAGAGCCACGCGUCCUACAGCCUCCUGGAGGGGGACGAGGUGCAGGACGUGGAAGCCACAGUCUAAGUAGGGGACUUCAUUCUGUGGCGUUUAAACGCACACUUUGUACAUUAAUAGACCAGCACUUGGAUUGUCCAAAUACAGGUAGUUUUCUAUUAUCUUUUAAGAUUUGAUUAUGAUUGAGGACUGGCUAAUAUUUAAGAAAUAAAAAAAAAGGUUACGGUAACAUCAAGAUGGCACCUCGUUCCAUAUGUACAAACAAAGAAGUGAACUUGUUGCAUACUUUCUGUGUGGAAUAUUUAUUUUAUUUGGUCAUCUGCACCUUUGCUGUCUAUUAUAUUCAUUUAGUUAUGUGAGUAGGAUGGGGAAGACCCAUGAAAAGUGUUCUAGAGGACAUGCAAGUGGAGGAAGGACAAAGGAAGAUGCAAACGACCAAAGAGUGAUGGAAAUAGGUAAAUCCACCGUGCUGACGCCUACUGGGACAAGCUGAUAGUAGAAGAAGCCAACUCAAAAGGCUACAUUUUUACAAACUAAUGAGAUCUAACACAAAACUUAAUUAAAAAAUCUGCUUUGACAUAAUAAUAAUAAUAAUGUACGUUCAUUGUUCUUGUGUACAACUGCACUGUGUCAUGCUCCGUUAGCUUGCACGCAUGUAGUACAGUUCCACACCGGUGUAAAUUACAAUCAAUUAAAAUCUUAAAUUCGUUUUUGAAAGGUAUUCAAAAAUGUACUAAAGUCGCUGUUAUUUAAAACAAACGCAUAAACAUCAGUUUUGCCUGGAAAUUAUUAUUUUUGUUUGUUUUUUAGAACGCUAUAUACAAAACGGAACCAUAGUACCCGAGCAGCCAAACAGCCCGGUCAGAAUUUAUCGAGCACAACCAGCUAGCCGCGAACUAGCUAGCUAGCUAGCCAGCGAGCCUCCGAUUUUCUUUUGUAUCUUUUGGACUCUUUUCCAGUAUGGCUUGAAUUGUAUUCUAUAUUAUUUCAAAAUGUCUUAUAUUUGAAUUUGUUGUACCCUGAAUCCUACUUUUUUUGACAAAGGUAGACCGUUAAAUGUGUACUGUUAUACACAAAACGGAACCAUAGUACCCGAGCAGUCAAACAGCCCGGUCAGAAUGUAUCGAGCACAACCAGCUAGCCGCGAGCUAGCUAGCUAGCCAGCGAGCCUCCGAUUUUCUUUUGUGUCUUUUGGACUCUUUUUUUCAGUAUGACUUGUUUUGUAUUCUAUAUUAUUUCAAAAUGUCUUAUAUUUGAAUUUCUUGUACCCUGAAUCCUACUUUUUUUUUUUUUUUUACAAAAGUAGACCGUUAAAUAUGUACUGUUAUACACAAAACGGAACCAUAGUACCCGAGCAGCCAAACAGCCCGGUCAGAAUUUAUCGAGCACAACCAGCUAGCCGCGAACUAGCUAGCUAGCCAGCGAGCCUCCGAUUUUCUUUUGUGUUUCUUUUUUACUCUUUUUUUUCAGUAUGGCUUGAAUUGUAUUCUAUAUUAUUUCAAAAUGUCUUAUAUUUGAAUUUCUUGAACCCUGAAUCCUACUUUUUUGACAAACGUAGACCGUUAAAUAUGUACUGUUAUACACAAAACGGAACCAUAGUACCCGAGCAGCCAAACAGCCCGGUCAGAAUUUAUCGAGCACAACCAGCUAGCCGCGAACUAGCUAGCUAGCCAGCGAGCCUCCGAUUUUCUUUUGUGUUUCUUUUUUACUCUUUUUUUUCAGUAUGGCUUGAAUUGUAUUCUAUAUUAUUUCAAAAUGUCUUAUAUUUGAAUUUCUUGAACCCUGAAUCCUACUUUUUUUGACAAAAGUAGACCGUUAAAUAUGUACUGUUAUAUACUGUUAUAAUAUGCUAUCUGUUUAAAUAUGUUUUUGUGUGCUUUCUAUAUAGUUGCCAGGAGGUGGCAGCAUUUAUCUCGGCUAGAAAUGAGAACGACAGUUAAAAAAAAAAAGUACUGUAGAUUCAACAUUCUACGUGGAUGCUACUUUAACGUAAGUCUACUAUCUUAAAAUGAAUAUUGAACCUUUUGUAACUUUCACACGUCACCAUUCUGUCAGAUGAUUGAAUGAAAUGAUGGCGACCUGGAUUGAAGUUAUUGAAGGUAUUGAAGUUAUCUCUUAUCCACUUAUGGUGUGAAUAUUACUCCAGUGCUAAAGACAUAUGUCUCCUGUGUCCUGUUUAGUUAUCUAAAGUAGUCUAUUUGUCUUAACCUUCAAACAUGAGGUUUCCUGUUUUGGAUCCAACGUCUGUCUACACUUGAUAGUUACUCACUUUCUGUCACUCACAGGCAUUCAUAAUUGAGGUUUUUUCCCCAGGCAGGGAAUGUUGUUAGUGAGACAAUAGGGAGCAGGAAAGCUCGGGGCCCUGAAGACCUUUCCCCUUUUCCACCCUGCCCCUGCAGUGUCGGCUUGUCCUCACGUCAUCGCUGCAGAUAACAGCGUGCAGGAGGGCCCGGAGACUCUGUAUGUACUGCAGGGAGAAUUUGUUAUUCCCUCAUCCCUGAAGAAUGACAGCUCCCUAUUGUUUUCAUUCCUUCUCUCCUCCGCUGCCGUGACUCCUUUCCGUGCUUGCUUGGGACAGGAUAUGCGUUUUCUUAUUUUGUUUCUACGGUCUGGGCGGUGUGAUAGUGGUCAUACAAAGGUGACAUCGGUACCAGCAAUGACUUUCUUAAACUCUGGACCCCCGUUGGUUAAGGUCAAUCAUUUAAUGUGGCUGUUUUCCUAUUUUCUUUCCAGUGUAAAAUUCCAUGUGUAACUUGACAGUCUCACAAAAAUGUCAGGUUUUCUUACUGUAUGUGUUAUGAAUGCUUUUUAUAUUUUAAGAGCACAACUAUAUGUGCCACUAAUACCUAAUUUCAGUAAAAUGUAGUAAAAUACUUACUUAUAUUUACCUUCAAAGCCAUAAGCAAUAAUACAUAUCCAUCUUCUACCGCUUAUCUGAGGUCGGGUCGGGAAGAAGGGACUCCCAGACUUCCAUCUCCUCGGCAACUUCGUCCAGCUCCUCCCGGCGGAUUCUGAGGCGUUCCCACACCAGUUGAGAGACAUGUCCAUGCAAAGUGUCCUGGGUCUUCCCCAAGGCCUCCUACCGGUCGCACGUGCCCUGAACACCUCCCCGUGGAGGGGGCUUCUCAGCUUAUCUCUAAGGGCGAGCCCUGCCACUUUAUGGAUCUUAUGGAUCUUGUCCCUGGUCAUGACCAUAGGUGAGGUAUAAGAACGGAGACCGAUCGGUAAAUUGAGAGAUCUUCACCACAACAGACCGAUGCAGACGCCAUACCAGUUGGAACACCUGUUCCGUCCAAGACCCCCUUACCUCAAAUAAGCAUUUGAGGGCAAUAUUGGCUUCCCUUCCUUGUCCCUCUGCAACAAAACAGCCUCUAAUGCUUUGAAUGAUUGAUGACCAGCUUUUUCAGUUAACACAAAUGAGUCGUUUUUUGAGAUAUAGCUACAAACCUUUUGAAUUUUAUUCAUUCAUUCAUUUUCUACCACUUAUCCUCACAACCAUUCACACUCACAUUCAUACCUAUGGACAAUUUGGAGUCGCCAAUUAGCCUAGUAGGAGACCAGGGUUCAAUUCCACCCUCGGCCAUCUCUGUGUGGAGUUUGCAUGUUCUCCCCGUGCAUGCGUGUUUUUUCUCCGGAUACUCCCGUUUCCUCCCAAAUUCCAAAAAUUGAAUUGUUGUUUGUCUAUAUGUGCCCUGUGAUUGACUGGCGACCAGUCCAGGGUGUACCCCGCCUCUCGCCUGAAGACAGCUGGGAUAGGCUCCAGCACACCCACAACAGUAUCACUCGGAUACUGUGAACAUCCAGCAGCAACACAACAUUUUGGCAUGACUACUAUUUUGAUACUACUAUUUUGACUACUACUGAACCAGGGCUGCAAAGCAGCCCGGUGGUUAGCACACUGGCUUCACAGCUAGGAGACCCGAGUUCAAUCCCACCCUCGGCCAUCUCUGUGUGGAGUUUGCAUGUUCUCCCCAUGCAUGCGUGGGUUUUCUCCGGGUACUCCGGUUUCCUCCCACAUUCCAAAAACAUGCUAGGUUAAUUAGCGACUCCAAAUUGUCCAUAGGUAUGAAUGUGAGUGUGAAUGGUUGUUUGUCUAAUGGUUGUUUCCGCCCAAAUUCCAAAAACAUGCAUGAAUUGUUGUUUGUAUAUAUGUGCCCUGUGAUUGGCUGGCGACAAGUCCAGGGUGUACCCCGCCUCUCACCUGAAGACAGCUGGGAUAGGCUCCAGCACCCCCUGCGGUAGAAAAUGAAUGAAUUAACCUAGCAUGUUUUUGGAAUGUGGGAGGAAACCGGAGUACCCGGAUGCACGGGGAGAACAUGCAAACUCCACACAGAGAUGGCUGAGGGUGGAAUCGAACUUGGGUCUCUUAGCUGUGUGGCCUGAGUGCUAAACACUUUUCCGCCAUGCAGCUUGCAUUGUAUUUUAGUGAUUAAAAACAACAAGUGGAUUGUGGAUUAUCACAAUUUAUUAGCAUUAUACUGAAUAUUAAAUAUGUCUUUUAUGUUUUUA